AUGGCCCCCAUUGAGAACGAACUACAUAUAGUCCCCUGUGACUAUAAAUCGGCAAACGGAGGGGGUACUACAGCAGAUUCAUCAAAAGCGAACCACGUCAAUCGGACUCAGGACAUGGAUGAGUACCUGCUGAAAAAUGACCUGGAGUUCACGCCAGAUGGACAAUAUGUCCGGUGGGCAAAGGGCAACAAGAAUCAUCCUCGCAACUGGAGCGCAACCCGCAAGGUGUACGACAUUGGAUUGAUCUUUCUGCUGGAUCUCUUUGUACACAGGACCGCUACGAGUACUGCUGGGGUAUGUUCCUCAUCCAACAGUGUGGCCUUUCUAAUGACCAUAGACAUCGGCGGCUUCAGAGGCUCAAAAUUCCUCAUGGGGCAGGUUGUCGGCGCGAUUGUCUUCCCUCCGUGGUCCGAGUGCUUUGGACGCAAAAAGCUAUAUUUUAUCAGCAGCACCGGUAGUGCGGUGUGUUGCCUAAUAAUUGGGCUUGUUCAUUCAUUAGUCGCCGUGGUCAUCUGUCGCAUCAUCGGUGGCUUCUUGAGUGCUAUUCCAUACACUGUUGGCAGCGGCAGCAAUGAGGACAUGUUCAACUCCCGAUCUCGCAUCUGGACCACUUUCCUCUGGACCAUUGCCUCGAACGUCGGUCUUCUAAUCGGCCCAAUCAUCAGCAUCCUUGUUGUUGAAAUCCUACACUGGCGCUGGGUGUUUUACAUAUAUACGAUCAUCCUGGCUGUCAUGAGCGCGUUCUUCCUGCUCAUCCGGGAAUCACGGCCCGCCCUGCUCCUGGCCAAAGAGGUCUCACGCAUCCGCCACGAAACGGGCCACGACAGCCUCCAGCCUCUUAAUCACGAUCACUCCCCCGACCUCCGCACCUUCGUCAAGGUCUCGCUGUUCCGACCCCUGCAGCUCUUCUUCGGUGAGCUUCUCAUCUUCACGAUGGCCAUGAUGAUCGCGUUCUCCUUCGCUUUGGUCUAUAUCUUCACCGAGGCACUCCAGCCUAUCUACGAGAGCAUGGGUUUCACUCCAUCAGCUGCCGCUCUCCCUUUCCUCGCCGUGGGUGUUGGUGUUUGUUUCAGCACUCUCACUCGCAUCCUCGACUUUCGAAUCAUCGACGCCAAACACGCAGCCUCCGAGCCCGUCAAACCAGAAGAUAAACUGACCGGACUGGCCAUUGGGGCUCCUGCCUUUGCGAUUGGGCUCUGGUGGUUCGCAUGGACGAUUCCCCCGCGGGCAGAAGAUAUCCACUGGAUUGUCCCUACGAUCUCCCUGGUGUUGAUUGGAUAUGCCUUGAAUGAAUUCGACACCGUUCUAUACGGCUAUCUGGCCGAUAGUUAUCUGAGCUAUUCAGCAAGUGGCACAGCGGCGGUGCAAUUGGUCCGAGCAGGGAUGUCGGGGGCAUUUCCGCUCUUCACGCGGCAGAUGUUUGACGGGCUAGGAGCGAAUGUCGCAGCUUCAUUGUUGGCGGCAUUGGCAACGGUGUUCUGUAGUGUGCCGUUAUUGUUUGUGUUUUAUGGGGAGCGGAUCCGCGCGAAGAGCCGGUUCGCGAAGCAUAGUUUGGAGGUUCAGGAGCAAUUUGUCAAGCAGGGUUAA